CGGCAAUCCUUUUUCUAUAUUCUCCGUCCUCUUCUUCCCCAGAAUCCAUGAAUGGGGACCAGCGUCAAUGCUAGGGUUUUAUCAAUUAACGAAAUCGAACUACGUAAGUCACUCGAAUAAUCCUCACUUUCCAUCACCCACACUUGUUCAGGCCGCCAGCAAAAUUCUUCGCAGAGCUGAAGAAACCCCAAUCGACCCGUUUCUAAUCUAGGUUUUCCAGCCGAUAACCUACAAACACUGCUAAUACGAAGCAGCUGCAUUCAUUCGGGGUUAGGGAUAUUUUGAUUCCUUUUCUCCUUUGAAGAAGUGACGAUUUUUGAUAACAGGUUAAGGCGCAUGAACUUUACCUUGGGUUUCUGUCAUUGUUGAUUUCUUUAAUUCGUAGAGCUUCUGAAUAAUGUGUAUGCUUUGUGUGGUACAGAGGUGGUCUCGACGGGUCGCAACCAUGCUACCUUGGUGUGUGAUCCCGUUUAUUGUCCUAUGGGUUCUCUCACAGCACCUACCACCGGCCCUGCGAUUUGAGAUAACAUCACCACAGCUUGCCUCUGUGUCAGUCCUCCUUGCUUCUCGCUUGUGGUAUGAGGUCUUAAUGCCUCAACUUUCCAGUUGGCGGGAUCGCCGUGCUGCCCGCCUCCGUGAGAGACGUCGCACUGAGGCUCUCGAGCUUCUGAAACGCCGUAAAUCAGCUACUCUUCACUGUCGGAAUUGCCACAUGCCUUACCGCAACCAGACCCCUGGUGGUGGCCGUUUCAUGUGUUCAUAUUGCGGUCAUAUAUCCAGAAAACCAAUGCUUGACCUUCCCGGUCCAACAGCAGGUCCCGGAAUGAUUACUGAUCUUGUUGGAAAGCAUGGUUGGUUAUGUGAAGCUGAUGGAAAUUGCAGUUUUGUAGGUUCCGUUCCAAAGCACUGGACUGGAAGUGAUCAUCGGUGCUCAGCAGAGAGAUCUUAUUCUGGGGUGAUGACGUUUUCCUGCAAGCUGCUUUCUUUUUUUUUUCUCACUAGGAGGUGGCUUUGUGGUAAGUUUUUCAGGCUUGGUUCCUCAAAGAAAGAUAGGUCUUCUGAUUUAGAUCAUAGAGUGUCACCAAAGAAAGGGGAGUUUUUUGGUAAUUUCCAGGAGAGUAGAGGGGAGAAAGCUAGAAGGAAGGCAGAGGAGAAGAGGCAGGCUAGGUUGGAGAAGGAAAUACUGGAAGAGGAAGACAGGAAGCAGAAAGAAGAGGUUGCAAGGCUAGUGGAGGAGAGGAGGAAACUUCGUGUUGAAAAAAUAGUUGCCGAGAAGGAUCGUUCAAAGGGGUUAACUCUUGACGGGGAUAGAGAUGGUCGGAAGGAAAUUGAUAGGAGGAGAGACCGAGGGAAAGACAAGGACAAAGCAUCUUGCAAGAGCAAUUCUGAUGGCGAAGAGCUUGAAAAGAGGGCCAGCAAGCAAAAUGGCAGGAAAAAUGAGUUUUUGAAGAAGGGUGAGAACGAAAGGUUUGAUCUGCAGAAGAGCAUGGGAGAUAAUUAUAAAUCACAAGCUUUGCAUAGUGUUUAUGGAAGUAAGGUCAUGGUGAAUUAGCCCAGAUAUUUCGACGGCAUGAAAGGUAAUUCCUUAUCUUCUUCUAGAGGCUUUGAUGGCUCAUCCUUCUUUGGAAGAAAUGCGCAGAAAUCUGCUGCUGUUUGCAAGUCUUUUAAGCCUGCCACAGGGUUUGUAGAUAAUGCUCAAAAUGCUGUAAAAAGAAGAGACGCUCACCCUGUGGCAUGUGCUGUUGGUAAAUCUGCUUCCAGUGCUGGUGAAAAUGCUUAUGAGGCUAAAUUAAGUCAAACCGCAACCACCGAUGUGCAACCAAAAACAGUUUUUAAAAUGUCAUGGCAACAAUUGUUUCCUCGUUCUUCAGCAGAUUCUCCAUAUCCUGAUUCAAAUCCUACAACUCAUAAAACAGGCCAAUUGUUAGCUCCGGGACCGGAAGAUCAACGAUCCCACCACAGUUUUCUGCCCAGUUACUCGACCACAAUUCAUAACCAAGUUCAAUUUGGUCCAGCUUCUCCAUUCAUGGUCUCCCCUACCACAACUACUCUAUUAACUAACAAUCCACUUUCUCAUCCCUUGCCCGAAACUACAUUCCCUCUACUUAAAGAACCACAACAGAGUUCAGUUUCAGAAGAUGUAGGGUUAUUUGAGGACCCAUGCCAUGUUCCAAACCCGAUCUCAUUGUUGGCGCCUGUUUCAGAGUCACUCGAUAAUUUUCCACUGGAUUUGAUGGCUGAAUUUGCUGAAAAGACAAAGACUGAACAAUAUCCACUUUUGGAGAGUGUUUAUACUUUUAAAGAAGUGAACAAGCCUCUACCAAUUGAAUCUCCCUCGCCAAAAAUACAUGUUUCUAAAGAAAUUCAUAUCAAAUCUGACCAACUUUUUUGUACUCCAAUGUCAGAUGUAUCAACUAAUAGGCAUGAGCAAAGCACAUGGCAAAUGUGGGGCACUCCAUGGGCUCAGGAAGGGCAGGUUCUGGUGGGUUGUCCCUCCAAUUUGUUUUCACCGUUUGUACAUAACAAUUCUCAACAGGAUGUCUUGAAUUCUUUGCCACACAAGCCUAUGAUGCCACCCAUAUCAAAGAAUCACAAUAUUCAGCGUUUUCAUCCUAGUAAUCACCAACAGAAUGGUGGGAUAUAUAAUCUUUGUCUUAGUUUGAAUGGAAAUGGCAUAUGGCUGCAGGACGUGCCCUUUCAGUCUCCGUUACGAUUUGAGGGGGAUGAUCAUUUACUUCCUCUUAAUAUUAUGGAUGAUAUUACUCAGAGUAAAGCUACCUAUAAUAGUCCAAACAAAUCUUUAGCUGUGAAAUCUUUUGGAACGCAUCAAGCUAGUAGUUGGCCCAAUAAAGACUUGGAUUCAUACGCUCCUCGCGAAGCUGUGAAGCUGAACACUGGCAGUGCAAUAGUCGGAAAUCUUUUAUCGAGAGGACCAGAUGAACCUUCUGUGUGGUCAUUCAAUCAAUAGCAUAGGAUAUAAAAAAGA